GCAAAGGUCGUCGGUAUAACUAGCAAUCUAAACUUUAAGAUAGUGCAUCUUUGGUUAGCUUUUCUUGAAUUUCUAGACCUCCAAGAUGAUGAGCAGAGUUCGCCGUACGGCGAAGCAAAAGUCUCCCUCGCCUAUGGAAUUGCCGGACCGUUCCUGGGUCACUCAGCCUACUCGCAGGACUACACCACACUCACAAACAUACUCAAGCUCUACAGUCAAUGGGAGCCCACUAUUCAGCCAUAAGACUUCGACUGGAACCAUGUUCGACGAUACUAAGUACACAGGGUAUUCAACACACAGAGAGAAACAGCGCUCCCUGCUCCAGACUGUCAUCCACAAUCUGGUGGACAGCAAUGACGAGAAUGAGAGGGAAUUGCAAUGCAGCAGACUACAGAAUGAUAUGGAGGUAGCCAGCGAGAGGCUCGACGAACUAGUAAGAGAGCAUAGAGACAAGCUGCAUGGGACUGUAUCGACUUUCCAAGAAGUUGAUGAAAAGAUCAAAGAGUCCCAAGCCAAGAUCCGCAGUGUGAAGGCCAGUCUGAGUCACUGCAAGUCCCUACUGCGUUGCAAGAGGGAGGAGCUCAAGAGACUGUGGCUAGAUGACGUCAAGUUCAAGAACAUGUUGCAGAUAAUCGAUGGCAUAGAGGAAGUUAAGGCAGUCCCUGAACUGCUCAAGGAGUACAAACGGGACAAGUACUACCUCACUGCCACGGAGCUACUCAACAACAGCGUUGCAAGACUGGAACAUGACCUGGCUGAUGUGGAGGCUCUCAAAGACCUCAAGCAAGAGCUGAGAUUACAGAAAGAGAGUCUUCACGAGGAGUUGAUUGAUGAGCUGCACAGACACUUGUACGUGAGAGCCACUGCCAAGAAACCCAACCCUCUACAAGCUAUAGACAGUCAGAGCUCAUCACCGAGUCAGGGCAGGAAGACUGGCACACUUUCUCGAAUAGGAAGAUCAGCUUCUAAGAAUAUCCCUAGUCAGGACUCCUUCAGAGAUGAUGACCAGGUGACGGAGAAUAUGCUAGCAGGUGUAGACCCAGAGGAGGACAGUGCUCACUAUAUGGCCAUCCUCGUGGAGUCACUCUCAACACUGGGCAGGGUCACUGAUGCUCUAGACGCCAUCCACACUCGCCAGGAGAAGGAGUUCUUGCUCAUUAUAGAGAAAGUCUCCGUGCAAGUCGUGAGAGCAGCUGAGGAGGAAGCUAUGGGUCUGCUGGGCCAGGGCAAGAAGAAGCAGGUUCUCAUCAACUCUCCCAAACUACUCACCAAGAUGCUCAAGAUUUGUUUCCAGAAGUUCCAAGAUGUUGUCUCAGCUCAUUCUGUUCUGUUGGUGCAUUUGCACAGAGCCAAGAGAGUGUACAACAAGAAGUUCAAGUUGUAUGAAGAAGCAGAAGUCUGGGGUGCAAUUCAACACGUGCUUCAGAAUGUGCUAGAAGUGUACCUAGCCUUUGACGAGGAUGGGUCCCCAAUGGACACUCUCACUGGAGGCUUGGCUGUCUCCGGUCCAGAUUUCUUCACCUCCUAUGUCCGACCGACGAAGAAACACACGACAAAAAUGUCCAAGAAACUAUUCUUUCGUUUUGAGAGCUCCCGACACGCCAUCAGUGUGAGUAGCUACAUGAAGGAGCAGCGAGACUCAGAGCUGGUGAAGGGCGGGGUUAGGGUGGAGUCUAUGAAUACUUUUGCCGACGAUCAGCCGUCCAUUUCCCAACACCUCGUCUGCAAACCAGCCAACCGAAACAUUACAGUACUGUUUGGCCCUGUGAAGGAGUUUAUUGCAGCUGUGGAGGAAGCACUAGGACUACAGCACAAUGAGCAUUGUCGAUUGCACUACUUCCUGCAAGAUUAUGUGGAGGACAACUUUCUAGAGAGAGUGAGAUACGAGAGCUUCACCAAGAUGGGCGCCUGUGUCAAACCCGAGAGUGCCAAGUCCAUUGCUCCUGACCAGAGAGCCAUCAAAGUCACCGCAAAGCAAUACGUUUUCACCAGUGUGUUGACAGUGUGGCAGCUGGUGGAGGAUCUGCGUCAACUCAUGAAGGACCUGCCCAAAUACUCGGCCCACUUUCUGGGCAUUCUUUGUGAGCUGCUCAUCGGAUAUAGGGACUCACUGCAGCUCUGCUAUAGAGAGCUAACGUCGGUGGUGGUGGAUGUUGGGAAAGGAUCAGGCGGUGGGCCAGAGACAAUUGUCAGCUCUCGUUGGGCCAGAGACGAUGACAUCAACAGAAUGAUCAGAUCCCUCCCUAACUGGCUCCGACUCUACCAGGGCAGCAAAGUCUCAAGACAUGCUGACGACCUCGAGAAGAUGCAGUCAGUGUAUGCCAAGGAGUCGGUCACUCUCACUAACAACUUGGGCAGCGACCUGUUGAGACAGAGUCACGUCAUGUUGAACCAUGAGAACCUCAGGAUGCUGGCUAUCUUCCAUGAGAGCUUGGACUGGUUUAACGGGCAGCUGAAGCAAGUUGUGCUGGAACUCACCAAUCUGAAAAAACCCUCCAGUAGUAGCUUGGUGGGUAACCUCACUGAUGGAGGGUCCAUGUCCCUGAUGAGCAGGAGUGAGGGCCUGGGGCACGAAGACAGUCUAGAGCAUAACGUUGACCUCAUGGAGGAAAUCUCACAGUUCUCUCGAAUCCAGUUUGAAUUUCAGAGUCUGUCAGAGACGGCCAUCAUCACCCUCCAUCUUGAGGUCCGCUGUCACUGCUUCUACUUCCUCUCCUCAGUGCAGAAGACCAACUACAUGCUCCUCCCCACCAGCAGUGUAGGAGAGGACCCUGCUGUUAAGAAACUGGCCACAGAUCUCAAGGAUAUUGACCAAGUCAUGGUGGCCAUUCUCUCGGCUGACAAGUAUCGCUAUCUCUUUGAGGGACUUGGUCAUCUGGUGGCCACCAUCUUUAUAGCCAGCUCUCAGCACAUAAAGACUAUCAAUACCAAUGGAAUCAAGAAAAUGUGUGGUAACAUCUCAGUGCUGCAGACCUGUCUCUCCAAGAUUACCCUCAUCAGAGAGAAGGACUUGGACAGUGCUAGGAGGUACUUUGAGCUGCUCUAUCUUAACAAUGAGGAGAUCAUUCAGCAGCUGAUGGAGCAAGGGGUCAGGUUCUCCCAGAAGGACUACAGCAAUGCCCUCACUCUCCUGGCCAACAGCUCUCAGACCAAGUACCCAGAGGAGAAGCUCAAGAGAGAACUUGAACAAUUGGAGACUCUAUUCUCACAAGAUGCCGUAUAAUGACACUCGCUCGCACUAAUUAUAAGUAGAGCUGUUUUUAACAAUGAAUCUAUAUAAAUUAUAUUGUGGUAUGCUCAUUUUUAUGACUGUAGUCCAUUUUGCUGCUAUAAUCAUUAUAAUGUGUUUAUGAUUCUUUUGCCUCGUAA